CAUCUCAGUUUCCCGUGUGUCUCUCACAACAAACGAUAUUUGCCCUAACUCUCUCUCAUAAAGCAAAACAAUGGAUACUAAAUCAUCAUCAUCGAGGUUCCUCGAUAUCCAAGUAACCGCUAGGGUUCAAUCUUCCUCCUCGUACUCCUCAGAGGUUAUCAUCUUUCAAUCUCACCACGUGGAGAUACUCUUACAAGACAAGCCCAACGGUUCUUCUCUCAUCGAAACCCUAGGCUCCUGCCCGGACCCUCGCCACAAGGACUCUACUCUCUCCCUUGCUUUCGAUAACCUCACACCGAGCUACAUCUUCCAGCGCCUCUUCAAUAAAUUGAAGGACUACGACUUGUCAAAGCACAUAAAGGAAUGUACUAUUGGUGAAUUUCAAAGGCGAGACUUGCCGCAGGGGCAACCACUGCUCAUCACCGUUGUUGUGAAAUCAACACGCAAAGUGUAUUUGGAAAGAGAGGAGAUGUGUUCAAUAUGUUUCGAAGAUUUCGAGAGUAAACCAAUGCGCUUGUUCCCCGGUUGCUUCCAUCAGUUUCAUAGAGAGUGUCUUUUUGAAUGGAUCGAGAGAAGAGGCCAUGACUCUUGCCCUCUCUGCCGCCAUCUUUUCGAAUAAAAUUGGGACUUCAUUGUGUGUUUUUGCUGA